CUAUUUCCUCUCCUUGGCGGACCAAUAACACGCAGUUUCACAUUUCAAUCCAUCUCAGCCAGCGGUUUCUUCAGGAAAAGAGCUGAAAAUCCAAAAACAGUCCUUUAACCAUUACUACGCAUCUCGAAGAGGAGGCAUCUGAGCUGAGCAGUUUGUAUUUUUUUUUUUCUCAUCUGGUUGAAUUUCCUCUGACAUGGAAGUGAGAUGUCGUCCAGCGGUGAUGUGCUGUGUUCUUGCCGUCCUCUGCUCCGUGGUUCCCCGCUCGCUGGAGUCUCCUUACUGGGACAGACAGUACCUGAACGAGUGGGCGGUGGAGAUCCCCGGUGGACUGUCCGCUGCAGAGGCGAUCGCCAGAGAGUUGGACUACGAACUGGUCCGACAGAUUGGGGCCCUGGAAGACCAUUUCCUGUUCAAACACCGCAACCAUCCUAGCAGAAUGAAACGCAGCGCCAGCCACAUCACCAGGCAGCUGUCGGAGGACGAUCGGGUGCUGUGGGCAGAGCAGCAAUACGAGAAACGGCGGAACAAGCGAGCGUCCCUCAGGGAGUGCAGAGACUGUCCAGUCGACAAGCUGUUUGAUGAUCCAAUGUGGAACCAGCAGUGGUACCUGCAAGACACACGGACGUCAUCGUCGCUGCCGAAGCUCGACCUGCAUGUGAUCCCCGUGUGGCAGAAAGGCAUCACGGGGAAAGGAGUGGUCAUCACCGUGCUCGAUGACGGCCUGGAGUGGAACCACACAGACAUCUACUCCAACUACGAUGCAGCAGCAAGCUACGAUUUCAACGAUAAUGACCCAGACCCCUUCCCCAGAUAUGAUUCUACCAAUGAAAACAAGCAUGGUACUAGGUGUGCUGGGGAGAUUGCUAUGCAGGCAGACAACAAUAAAUGUGGGGUUGGAGUGGCCUACAACUCUAAGGUUGGAGGCAUUCGAAUGCUGGAUGGGAUUGUGACCGAUGCCAUCGAGGCGAGCUCCAUUGGGUUCAAUCCAGACCACGUGGACAUCUACAGUGCCAGCUGGGGACCCAACGAUGAUGGCAAGACGGUGGAGGGCCCCGGUCGUCUCGCCCAGAAGGCUUUUGAAUAUGGUAUUCAGAAGGGCCGUGGUGGGAAAGGCUCUAUCUUUGUUUGGGCAUCAGGUAAUGGCGGCCGCCAGGGUGAUAACUGUGACUGUGACGGCUACACAGACAGCAUCUACACAAUCUCAAUCAGCAGCGCUUCCCAGCAGGGCCUGUCCCCAUGGUACGCUGAGAAGUGCUCCUCCACUCUGGCUACAGCGUACAGCAGUGGAGACUACACUGACCAGAGGAUUACGAGUGCUGAUCUGCACAACGAGUGCACUCAGACUCACACUGGAACGUCGGCUUCUGCCCCUCUGGCUGCUGGAAUAUUUGCCCUGGCUCUGGAACAGAAUCCUGAUCUUACAUGGAGAGACUUGCAGCACAUUGUAGUUUGGACCUCGGAGUUCGAUCCUCUGGCUAAUAAUCCAGGCUGGAAGAGGAACGGAGCAGGACUGAUGGUCAACAGCCGCUUUGGUUUUGGUCUUCUCAAUGCCAAAGCCCUGGUGGACCUCGCUGACCCGGCCAUUUGGAAGCAUGUGCCGGAGAAGAAGCAGUGCAUUGUCAGAGAUGAUUCUUUUCAGCCGAGGGAGCUAAAAGCCGCAGGGGAGAUCACCAUAGAGAUCCCAACCAAAGCCUGUGCGGGGCAAGAGAAUGCUGUCCGAUCAUUGGAGCAUGUGCAGGUGGAGGCCAGCAUCGAAUACACCAGGAGAGGAGACCUGCACAUCACACUCACCUCCCCAGCUGGCACCAGUACAGUGCUGCUGGCAGAGCGAGAGAGGGACACGUCCUCUAAUGGCUUCAGGAACUGGGACUUCAUGUCCGUCCAUACGUGGGGAGAAGAUCCUGCUGGUACAUGGACCCUGAAGAUCACAGACACUUCGGGCCGUAUGGAGAACGAGGGUCGGAUUUUGAGCUGGAAGCUGAUUCUUCAUGGAACAUCAGAGAAGCCAGAGCACAUGAAGAAACCCCGGGUGUACAUUCCUUACAAUGCUGUGCAGAACGACCGCCGUGGUGUAGAACAUAUGGAUGACAUGAUGGAGGAGUCAACACAAGCUCAUCCACCUCAGAAAGCUCAGCCUGCUCAAACCUCCUCUACUUCCAACCCAGAGAAGGAGCCCAAAAAGCCCUCCAACUCCCCCUUCUCCCCCUCUCUGGCCCUGCUGCGCCUCUUGCAGACGGCCUUCAACCGGCAGACCCCAUCCCUGCAGCAGCCCCAGACCCUCACCAGGGCCUCUUCUGCCUGGAGGAAGCAGCAGCAGCAGCAGCAGUCAGGCCAGAAUCUCCCUCUUCCUGCUACAAGACUCCCACCUCAGAAGCUGUACCAGGCUCUGGACAUGAUCAACAAGUACCGAGGCGCAGAGGACAAUGUCUACAGCGACUACAGCGACGGCUUCUACAGCACCAAGCCGUACAGGCACAGAGACGACCGGCUGCUGCAGGCCCUGUUUCAGAUGCUCGAUGACGAUCGCAAAUGAAAGCCUGGAGGGAGCGGAGAGGAUGAUCCCAGAGAAAGAUCUGAAGCGUUGUGUUGGUUGGGGAGCAGAGGAACAAGGCGAAGGAGAGAAAGCAAAGGAACGACACUGGGCACAAGAGAAGAUACUCAGAAAAGAGAACUCUUCCCCUCAGUUUUCCCCCCAAAAUGCUGCAUAUCUGAUCGGUUUUUCUUUCAUUUGCCAAUCACAAUGUUUUAAUUGAGUCUUUUAUUUCUUAAUUCCAUCAUGCAAAAUUUCAAAAUGUAAUUCAAAACAUGGACUUAGUUAGAGCCUCUCUGCUAUUAACUAUAUCUUCAUGUGGUGAAAGUAUAAAAGCAUUUAAAUUAGACUAUAAAGGGAGAGUGAGGGUUGAUAGUGGCCUUGUCUCUCUUCUCUACUGCCUGCUCAAGCAUGCCACCUUUAGAAGAUAAGUUUUGUAUUAGUAUCUAUAUAUUAUCUAUAUAUUAUAGAGAGACAAUGAUUGUAAUAUGGUUUUGAGAACACUUGACAUCUAAAAUCUCCACUUUCUAAUUUAAAAAAAAAUUAGAUUUCUAUUUCUAUUUUGGCAUAUUUUAUUUAUCAUACAUAGUUUUUAUCAGAAUAUUUCACACUAUAAUAAGACACUUACUCACUUUGUUCACCAUAGAGGACAAACUGAUCUGGAAAAAAACUGAAGUAAUUAAAUUACAUUUGAAAUUUGACAAAAAAAAUUUAAUUGAUCAGCUGUUUGACAAGUUUAAACAUGCUGACAAACAGAAAUUAUUCUCAGGGUGUCAACAAACCUCAAGAGUAACCAAGUUGUUUUCAGGACUCUUCAAAGUAUUCAGAGAAAUAUAUUUAAUGUGAAAGGUUAUUUACUAAAACAGUAUGCAGAUGAGACAAUAUAGAUGUACUAACUAUGAAAAACUAAGAAAAAAAAACUGGACCAUGUUAAUAAAUGACACAAAGAGUGCCAGAAAAUCUAUCAGUUGAGAAAACAUAUUAAUCUUCUUGUGCAAUUUGUUUAAUUUUGUAUGAGUACAAUGCUGCAUUAAAUGAAAUAUUUUUCUAAGGAUCCUCGUAGCUUAUGAAAUAAUAUAUACAGUAUCAAACCCUCUUCACAAUUUAUGUUCUUGUGGCACAGUUCACUCAGUAACCGUGAAGUCAGUGUAGUUGUCUUAACUACAAACAAACACUGCCAAAAUCUUGCUUUCAGAAAGCUUCUCUGUAUUCAGUGAUUGUGCAAAUAGAUAAAAUGUUAUUUAUUCAACACAUUACAACUACAGACAGUUCAAUAUUUGCAACUGAACCAUUUCUCUGGUGUUAUUUAUUUGGUAUUAAGGGACCUGGCCAGAAGCUCUAUAGAACAGAAGCUCUGCACUGCAACCUUCAAGCACAUUCAUGUUAAACGCCUUAAUAUCUGCUGUAAUAAAUGUGCAUACUUAUAUCCAUGUGGUGUAGAUCUAUUUACAGAUGCUAGUGUAUGUGUUUAUGACAUGAACUGCUUUGAAGACUCAAUGCAUGAGUCUCUGUUCUGCAGCUUGGAACCACCUGUCCCACUUCUCUGCCAACAAAGUGUCAGGAAAAAGAUAAUGUUUGGGAAAAACGCUUUACGUGCACCCUGUAAUUUAUCCAUUCUUUAGAGUAGCCUGUGCUGUUUUCUUUAUGUUUCUGACUGAAAACUUCAGUUCAAAGUUGUUUACACAAACCAAUAUUAUGUUGCAAUUUCUGUAUGGAUGUAUAAAAAAGAAAUUAUGAGAUUUAUCGUAAUAAACUGCAAAGUGACCUCUUGA